AAGAUGGCGACGGCCUUGAACGAGGAGGAGCUGGACAAUGAAGACUACUACUCGCUGCUGAACGUGCGCAGGGAGGCCUCUUGUGAAGAGCUGAAAGCUGCCUACCGGAGGCUGUGCAUGCUGUACCAUCCAGACAAGCACAGAGAUCCAGAGCUCAAAUUACAAGCCGAACGACUCUUCAACCUUGUUCACCAGGCCUAUGAAGGUUGUGGAAAGGAGGCGAACACCAGCUGAAAUUAGAGAAGAAUUCGAGCGGCUGCAGAGAGAGAGGGAAGAAAGAAGACUGCAACAGCGAACCAAUCCCAAGGGAACCAUCAGCGUUGGAGUAGAUGCCACUGACCUUUUUGAUCGUUAUGAGGAGGAAUAUGAAGAUGUCUCUGGAAGCGGCUUUCCACAGAUUGAAAUUAACAAAAUGCACAUCUCCCAGUCCAUUGAGGCACCUUUGACCUCUACAGACACAGCCAUCCUGUCUGGAAACCUCUCAACCCAGAACGGGAACGGAGGAGGCUCCAUUAACUUCGCGCUCCGCCGAGUCACUUCUGCAAAGGGCUGGGGAGAGUUAGAAUUUGGAGCUGGAGACCUACAGGGGCCUUUAUUUGGUUUGAAGAUCUUCCGUAAUCUCACGCCUAGAUGCUUUGUUACGACAAACUGUGCCCUGCAGUUCUCAUCCCGGGGAAUCCGGCCCGGCCUCACCACUGUCCUCGCUCGGAACCUGGACAAGAACACCGUAGGCUACCUGCAGUGGCGAUGGGGAAUCCAGUCUGCCAUGAACACAAGCAUCGUCCGGGACACCAAGACCAGCCAUUUCACUGUGGCCCUGCAGCUUGGCAUCCCGCACUCCUUCGCACUGAUCAGCUACCAGCACAAGUUCCAGGAUGACGAUCAGACUCGGGUGAAAGGAUCCCUGAAGGCGGGCUUCUUCGGGACGGUGGUGGAGUACGGCGCCGAGAGGAAGAUCUCCAGGCACAGCGUGUUGGGGGCUGCCGUUAGCGUGGGCGUCCCACAGGGCGUUUCUCUCAAAGUCAAAUUAAAUAGAGCCAGUCAGACCUACUUCUUCCCCAUCCAUCUGACAGAUCAGCUUCUCCCCAGUGCUGUGUUCUACGCCACCGUGGGACCACUAGUCGUCUACUUCGCUAUGCACCGUUUGAUCAUCAAACCAUAUCUCAGGGCUCAGAAAGAGAAGGAGUUGGAGAAGCAGCGGGAAAGCACAGCCACAGACAUUCUGCAGAAGAAGCAAGAGGCAGAAGCUGCCGUUCGGUUAAUGCAGGAAUCUGUACGAAGAAUCAUUGAGGCAGAAGAGUCUCGAAUGGGGCUCAUCAUUGUCAAUGCCUGGUACGGGAAGUUUGUCAAGGACAAGAGCAGGAAGAAUGAGAAGGUCAAGGUGAUUGACGUGACUGUGCCCCUGCAGUGUCUGGUGAAGGACUCCAAGCUCAUCCUCACAGAAGCUUCCAAGGCCGGGCUGCCUGGGUUCUAUGACCCAUGUGUGGGUGAGGAGAAGAAUCUGAAAGUGCUCUACCAGUUCCGGGGUGUUCUGCAUCAGGUGAUGGCGUUGGACAGCGAGGCCCUGAGGAUACCAAAGCAGUCUCACAGGAUUGACACGGAUGGAUAAACUGCCUGAAAACCAGAUUAAAAAGAGGCUGCAAAAAAAUCUUGUCCUGGGAAUCCACAAAUUUGGAAGCAGGGAAAAACCCCCAAGCAUCAGAUUUCUUUUUUUAUUUUCUGUUAUUCCUCUAGACGAUGGUACUGUAUCGGUUCUGUGCAGGGACACGCAGACCCCCAGCUCUCACGGGUGCUG